UCAACAUCAACUACCACCGCCAAACAAUUUUUGAAGUUUCAAACGUAAUUUUGGAAGACGAGUAAAAAUUGGAUUAUUACCUUAGUUGGGAUAUUAAAAAAUUACAUAACAUAUAUUAAAUUUUCGCAUUUAAAUUUUAUGCAGCACUAUCGUCAAUAACAAGAGGAAUUUUCAAACACUAAGUCGAAUUGUGAUCGCGUUUUGUUAAUGGUGUGUUUAUUGUAUGGUAAAAUAUUUUCGGCUUGGUUGUUUGCGCUUAUUCCGAUGUAAGAACAUUUUAGGAAAAAGUACAGUGUUUGAUAUUUGACAAUACGUAAUUUGACGUGCACAAUCAGAGAUAUUCGAAAUUCUCAUUCCAAUUAAAUAAAAACUGUAUCAGACCUAUUGCAAAGAAAGCAUGGAUAAUAUUUCCCGUCGAUCAAGUUUAAUGGAUGCCAGCUGCAUGACAGCAACAUCUGUGUAUUUAUCUUUUGAUUCUGAAAGCACAAUUGCCGGACAGACUUGUUAUCGCACGUUGGAGGGCGACAUUUCUGCCAUAUCGAACAUUUCCAAAGUUGAAGAAGUUUGUGACAAUACCGAAGAAAAACACGGUAAUAGCACCUUGGAAAAUCAGAAUUCAUCGGUGGAAGCAAGUCCUCUUAAAACUGUAAAGAAAAUGGACGUAAUAACAACGAACUCUCCUUUGAGAGUUCUGCCAAAAAAUAUUAUGAGAGAGUAUAAAGCAUUGUGUUCGACACCAUCUAAGGAGCAGUUGUUGAAGACUGUUGAUGUUACCCGUGGGUCGGAAGCAAACCGAUAUGAUGAUUUGGGUGUUGCAUUUUUAGGGGUUGAUGAUGGAUUGCCAGCAUUUUUUCCUCCACCGCCACCAUCAACUCAAUCUGUGCAGCAACGUCAUCAUAAUCAACGUUGCGAAGAUAAUAAGGAGAAUAUAUCAGAUGGAUCUACACUAUCUGUUUCAUCGUCUGUAGAAAUAGCCACAUCUGUUAUAGAAAGAAAAUGCUUAAAUUCGGUGUCAUCAGUGGGGCUAAUGGUAAUGGAGGAAUGUGCUACGGCUGAACAAAAUGUUACCGAAGUCGUUAUAGAAUCCGUACAUGGCUGUAACGAAAUACAAGAUGCCCAAGUAAAAGAUCAAAUUAUCAGAGUUCAAAAUGUGGAAAUUACAAACGUUGAUUACAAUGAAAUGGGAAACAACGUCCCAUCUGAAAUGGAGUUUAAAACUGAUUCCAAUAUGGAAGCAGGCGAAAACAAUGUACAAACAGACAACGUAAUUGACGAUCUUGAAAAUAAAAAUAAUAUUUCCAAUGAAGUGGUAAAUGAGAUUCUUUUUGUCAUUGAAGAGGAAUUCUCACAAACAACGCCGGAAAUACACAACGAAGUAUCUGGCAGCAGUGAAGCAAACGAUGACCCUAUGAAAAAUACAAAAAAUCCCGACACAAGUGAAUGUGAAAUUGUAGCCAUAUCGAAGGAUAAAACUUCCUCCUGUGAGGAGCCUAUGUUGGAGUUAGGUACUGUUAUUAAGCACCAAGAAUUCACUAAAAACAAUGAAGUACAAGUUCCUACAACUAUAACGGAACAGCCAAAUUUAUCCCAAAAGGUCAACGAAAAGCCAAAAAUUCCUGUUUUAAAGUCGUUUGGUCGUCGUUCUGUUUGUGAACCUAAUUUGCAGACCAAUAAGCCUUCGCGAAUUCUCAACUCCAAAGGAUCUAAAAGACAAUCAAUUCUGCCUACAUUGACAAGAAAGCAAACAACGACAACAGAUGUUGAGACGGAAAUUCCCAUGCUUAUGAAUAAAAUGUUAAAAAUUUCGAACAGCUCUACAAAAGAGGAAACAAAAUGUGACAAAACUGAUCAUGGUACUACAGCCGAAACUAAAAGAAUAUUAAAACCAACAACCAAACAAUUGGACAAAAGACGUUCUGUCAUGUCAACGGGUACCACGAAAGGAAGAUCUUCAUUGCUACCUUCGGCAUUGGGAGAGAAACGACCUUUUAGUUUCACUCAACGCAUGUCAGUGAUAGUGAAGACUACAUUAAAUAGCCCAGCACGUAAAAUGGCAAGAAAAAGUACAAUGGCCACCUCGAGUACACAUUUGCAACAACAACAUCAAAGAAGAAGUAUGAUAGCAUCCCGAAAAUCAGAUGCUAAAGUAGAAGCCAGUGUUCGUAGAAGCAUGUUACCGAGCAGUAAAAUUGGCACAACGAACAACACGAAAGCACGGGCAGGACUUUUAGCUCCGGUUAAGGAAAUUGCAACACAAAAGAAAACAGCAGAUGUUGGAAAGGCCCCGGUACCAGGCAUGUUAAAAAUUCAAGAGAGCACAGUCUUGUCCUGCCCCUCUUGCAAGGAGAAAUUUCGAAUUAAGUCCUUAUUAGAUGCCCACAGACGUUCCCACGAGGGCGAUGUGACACCCGUACAGAAAAAACCAAUAACAUCACAACAAACUAUUAAACCGGCACCACAGCCGCACUCAAUCCUUGACACUUCUAAUAAGUGUAAAUAUUGUGAUAAACAAUUUGCUCUGGUACGUGCUUUACACCAGCAUCUUAUGUUGCAUUGUUCAAAAAUUCCUCCGGGCGAGAAGAAGAAAUUACACUAUACAGAACUGGACCAUGUUGAGAAGGCACGUCUGCCCAAUGUUUUUCAUCGCGGUAACGGAAGUAGCCAUAGCAGUGCAAAUUCCGUCCAAGCCACACCCCAUUUGCCAGGUAAAAUGAAUGCACCAUCGUUAGCGACCAAUACAGCGCAAAAAUCUUCCUAUGUUGCAAAGAAGCCGGUAGACUCUUCUGGAGAAAAAGAUUUGAAAAGCAAACCAGUUGAAUCAACACCGUCAAAUUCUACUGGAGCUCACUCAAACACAAUAUCGUUGAAUAACACCACCAGUUCAUCUUGUGUUGGUUCGAUACAAAAACCUAAAAAAUCUUCUGCACAUUCAGGAGUGUAUCGCACUCCCAGCAAAAGUGUACCAUGUCAUAUCUGCAAAUUAACAUUUAAAAGCAUUUUAGAUUACACAAAUCACAGCCUAUCAACACAUGGACAAAAAAAUCAAAACAAUGACGACUUUUCGGCUGAAGAUGAACUUCAAAUGACAUGAAUGACUAACAUGUUAUGCAAGCUCGAUUUUGAUAUUCUUUAAUUAAACGCAUUCUUUCGAAUAUGCCUAGAAUACAUGGGCGCGAUCAGCAUUUAUAUUCUUACAAUUCAUUACUGCAAGCAGUAAAUGAUUUAAGAGAAGGACACAUGAUUUCCUUAUAAUAAAUGGAUUUCCUUUAAUUUUAUAAUUUUAAUACGCUUAAAUAAAAUAUCUUUCUAAUAUUUAAAUAUAAUUACAAAA